ACUUGUUGUCAGACAGACUAAGGAAGUGUUAAAGUGGUUUACUUUUGUAUAUAUGUUGAAAUGUGAGUGUGUGGAUUUGUUUUAUUUUUUAUUUGUCUACGGUCCACGUGUACACAGCCUUUAAAUAGCGCGAUAAUAUAGUCCGCGCUAUUCAAAAACGAAAAAUAAGGGUUUUAUAAUUGCUUGAGGGAUCAUAAAAAUUGAAUGGCAGGAGCCGAUGUACACGAUGUGAUGAGAACGACGCUGGGUUAUUUGAUGGCAUAAAUGCACAGUCACUGUCGGUAAACACAUUCCACCCGUCGUACGAGGCGCACGCACACUCAUACGCGCACGCGUGCACAUGCACACGCACAGAGCACAGUAAGUCCUGCCUGGCAUGUCUGCUGCCUUUCACAUGAUCUGAGGUCUCUCCAGUGCUGACACAAAUUUGCGGAUGAGAGCGACAGAAAAGAUGGCUUCUUUAUUGCCUUUGCGUUCCACAAUUACUAUCUGGCUGACUUUCAUUCACUGCACCAAUGCACAACUCUGGACUCAAGAAAAGUUUCACCAUCAAGCGGCCCCGCUCACACCUGAUGAGAUCCAGACCGCCCUGUCCCACACGGACCUGGCCCAGAUGUGGCAGAGGGACCUGAGGCCGCUGCUUGUUACCAGAUAUCCUGGAUCUACAGGCAGCCAGGCUGUGCAGCAGCAUAUUAAAACAACCCUGGCCUCCCUUGGAGCGGGCUGGCAGGUGACAGAGGAUAAGUUCAUGUCACAGACACCCUAUGGCCCGCUUCCCUUCACCAACCUCAUUGCCACCCUCAACCCAUCAGCCAAGCGCCGCCUGGUGCUGGCCUGCCACUACGACUCCAAGUAUUACACGCAGCAAUGGGACGGCAGGGAGUUUCAAGGCGCCACGGAUUCUGCCGUCCCGUGUGCCAUGAUGCUGGAACUGGCACGCGCCCUUGAUGAAGAGCUGAAAAGUCACAAGGCAUCCACCCCCAGCCUGACCUUACAGUUGCUUUUCUUCGAUGGCGAAGAAGCUCUUGUCCAGUGGACUCCUAUUGACUCCCUCUAUGGCUCUCGUCACCUAGCACAGAAGAUGGAGACCACCCCGCACCCCCCAGAAGACGCUAGCACCAAUCAACUGGACGGCAUAGAUCUGUUUGUAUUAUUGGACCUGAUCGGGGGCCCCAGUCCACGCUUUGGUAACCACUUCCAAAGCACAACAUACUGGCUUUCCCGACUGCAAAACAUUGAACAACAAACGACAAACAGAGAAAGUGUUACAAAAAAUAGUUUAAGCGACCCAAUUGCAAAGACUGACCAGAAGCGCCUGCACUCUAUGAACCAACUUGAGAAUCAUCUUGAUGAGGUGGAAUAUUUCUGGCCACAUCACCCUGUUGGUCAUAUUCAAGAUGAUCAUAUUCCAUUCCUCAACAGAGGGGUCCGCGUCCUACACAUAAUCCCCUCCCCUUUCCCUGUCGUGUGGCACACAUUUGAGGACAACGAGCAGAACCUGGACCGCCCCACCAUUCAGAACCUCAACAAAAUUUUACAGAUUUUUGUCCUGGAGUAUCUCAACGCCAGACCUGUAAUUUCCCCGUAAAAAGUUCACAUUUACCAUGUUUUAAUGAAUUAUAUGUAUUUCUUGGCUUAUGAUAUGAGAUGUAAAAUUUUGCCUUUGACCAAAACAACAUUCUUUUAGAUUACAAAGCUAAACAUAGUA